CCACAAGAUGGCUCUGUUAUCUGUGAAUCGCUAAGGAAACGGAAGUAGUGCUGGUUUGUAGAGUUUGUGAGAUUUGCUUGUGUUGGGUUAUUACACAUUAAUUGUUCAUCUAUUUACAUUAGUGGGUAAUUUUAAUUUAAUUUAAUUAAUUAAUUUAUCAAGAUGGAAGACGAUAGUGCAGCCGCCGAUUUAAAGAAAAAACGUCAGUUCAGGAAAUAUUCAUACCGAGGAGUUGAUUUGGAUCAACUUUUGGAUAUGGAAAUGGCUGAUCUUAAAGAACUCUUCCAUGCUAGAGCUAAACGUCGACUCAACCGUGGAUUGAAGAGAAAACAAAUGGCUUUAUUGAAGAAAUUGAGAAAAGCCAAGAAAGCCUGUGGUGAAUUAGAGAAGCCAGAAAUUGUUAAAACUCAUCUUCGUGACAUGCUGAUUUUACCUGAAAUGGUUGGAUGUGUUGUAGGAAUUUACAAUGGUAAAACUUUCAACCAAGUUGAAAUUAAGUCAGAAAUGAUUGGACAUUAUCUCGGAGAGUUUUCAAUCACAUACAAACCUGUUAAGCACGGAAGACCCGGUAUUGGUGCUACCCACUCUUCAAGAUUUAUACCUCUCAAAUAGAGAAAUUGUUCAAUAAAUUUUCAAUUCAACUUUCUAAGAAUUAACUGUUCUUGACUAAUUGAAUAUUUUCGGGAAAGUCAACUAUGAAAAUUGUAAAUUACUAGAUGAGUUGGUACGAAUAAACUCAAUUCUUCCAAAAUA